CUAGGUCAUGCUUUGGUCAUUUUCUUGGAUUGCCUAAACCAUUAGGAAAAUGCAUGCAAGUACUUCAUUAUGUAAUUUCACGUCAAAUGAAAUUUCGUAAUGAAGAUCCUAGUGAAUUGUGGUUUUGUAUAAAUGGAACUCCCAUUCGGUUUAGUCGAUUUGAAUUUGUGUUGGUGACUGGAUUGAGAUUUGGCGGUACAUCUUUUACUCCAUAUCGACGACAUGCUAUGCCUAUCGACUCAUUCUACACCCGUGUCCUCAAUAAUAAAAGGAUAUUGGUUAGUGACUUGCGUGAUAGAUUUAUAGCAAAAGACCUUGGAUUAUUGACAGAGGAUUAUGUAAAGGUUGCUAAAAUCUUGUUCGUCUAUAAUGUGUUAUUUGGUGUUGAGAAAUCAAAGCCGAAACAUAUAUCAGAGUGGUUAUGGGUUUUGAUUGAGGAUGAAACAACAUGGGAGUCAUUUCCGUGGGGAAGUUAUGCUUUCCAAAAACUUUUGCACUUCUUGAAGAGCAUCAAGAAAACCACUUCAUCGGGCACAGCAAAGCGAGAGUCAUACACUUUAUUUGGUUUUAGCACAGCCUUUAUGGCUUGGAUAUAUUGUGCUAUCCCAGAAUUUGGAUCUACCAUAGGUGUUGUAUCUUCAACAACAAAGAUCCCUCGUAUGCUGCGCUUUCGUUAUACUCGGGGAAAUAUAGAUGUGGCUGAUGUGAAAGAUGAGGUAUACCCCAAGUUGGGGCCUAAUGAUGAAGAAAGAAAAUAGUCAAUUUGGGG